AUGGAGGGAAUGUUCGAUACAUUGCUUGCCCGUCAGAGGGAAGCCCUGAAUGCUAAAGAUGACGACCGAGUCAUCCUGGAAUUGGAGAGCGGUGAAAAUGUAGACAAGCCCAUUUGGCUGUCGCUGAGGCGAGUGGACCAACUGAAUGGCAGAGUCAUUCUUGACAAACUAACAAGGGUGCUCAAUAGCAAUGAAAGUUUUCUUACUAAUGGGCAGUUGAGGGUAAAUUACAUUCAUGUCCCCACUCCUGAGGCAGGCGGCGCACGCGAUGUCGUUGUCCCCAAUGAGAGAAUAGACCAGUGGUUGGAGAGAAAAAUAGCCAGAAAAACAAUUUUUUCUCCCAGCAACACGGAGGAUCAGAUGUGUUUAGCGCGAAGCAUCGCCGUAGCUAAAGCCAAAGAAGGCAUGCAGCAAAGAGCAUUCUCCCGCAUGAGGCAGCCUAACUCGAUCAUCCAAAAGAAAGAGGCUCUGAAAAUUUGUGAAUUGGCGGGUAUUGACUCGAAUCAGCCAUGUGGGCUAGACGAGGUCAGGAAAGUUCAAGAUGCCCUUCCCAACUACAGGCUCUGUGUUUUCACAGAUAAAAAAGGAAAAGAGUGCAUCUUUAAGGGAGAGUACACUGUUAGUAGAAAAAAUAUCUAUCUACUUUUGCAUAGUGGCCACUUCCACGCCAUUCUGUACCCCCUCCAAGCUUUCGAUUCAGACUAUGUAUGUGAAAAAUGUGUUGUCUUUUAUAAACACAAAGGAGAGCAUCAAUGUGAGGGUAGUUGCUGGCGGUGCCUCGGCGCGCAGCCUCACUCUGAGCCCCUUCAGCGCUGCGGUGAUUGUGGUCAUAAAUUUGCUGGAGAUGAAUGUUUCGACAACCAUAAAAGUCUUAAAAUUCAAAACACAGACAGGACCAAAUGUGACACAUUCAAAUUCUGUCAUGGAUGUGAAACUAGUUAUUCUAACGCUAGGGGCCGCCAACAUGUCUGUGGCUUUGUGUAUUGUAAAUUCUGUAAACUUAACGUUGCUGAGAACCACCUCUGUUACAUGCAAAAAUGGCAGCCACGUGAAAAAAAGGAGAAAUAUAAUUUUUGCACAGUAUGGUAUGACACAGAGGCAUCUCAACAUACUGAAAUAAAACCGGGAGUAUUUGAACACCGCCCCGUGCUCCUUGUCUCACAGGCUGUCUGUGACGAGUGUCAACACAUUCAGCAAAAUGAUUAUUUCUGCACAGUGUGCGGGACACGACAGCAAGUCUUCCAUAACCUUGAUGACCCUAAUAUUAAUGUCAUGUCCCAAUUUGUAAAUUAUCUUCAGUCAUUCCCAGCCAAGACUGAACUUCUCAUCAUUGCGCAUAAUGCCAAAGCUUAUGAUGGCAUUUUUGUUCUUCAAGAGCUGAUUGCUCGAAAAAUGAAACCCGAUCUGAUUUUGCAAGGGGCUAAAAUUAUUUCCAUGUCUCUAAAUUCAUGGAAAUUUAUUGACAGUCUGAUGUUUAUCUCCAUGCCCCUUUCCGCUAUGCCCAAAGCAUUUGGGCUCACUGAACUGAAAAAGGGUUAUUUUCCAUACUUUGCUAUUCACCCAGACAAUUUCUCAUACAAGGGUCCUUUAUUGAACCGUGAACUUUACGGUGUGUCAGGAAUGAAGUCACAGGCAGCCAUAACCUUCAAUAAAUGGUAUGAUGAGCAAAAUGAGCAGGGAGUAAUAUUCAAUUUCCGUGAGGAGCUCAUCUCCUAUUGCAUUUCUGACGUGACCAUCCUUCGUCAAUCUUGUCAAGCCUUCAGAAAACUGUUUGCAGAGACUGCAGGUUUUGAUCCUCUUUUUCAAAAUUUGACGCUUUCGGCCGCAUGUCUUUCUGCUUAUCGUCUUAAUUUCAUGCCGGAAAACAAGAUAGGACUUGUCCCCCCUGGAGGCUAUCAUGGCAGGGGUAAGCAAAGCCACGUCGCAUUGCUGUGGUUAGAUUAUGAGCAGCACAAAUUAGGUCAAAAAAUUAAGACCAUUUACACUGAUAGAGAGGUUAUGGUGCUAGGUCGCUCUGUGGAUGGUUAUGUGGAGAUCCCCCUUGCUAAUGACGGUGUUGAGCGCCGCAUUUACCAAUUUCAUGGUGACUAUUGGCAUUCCUGCCCCAGGCAUUACCCUGCUCAGCCUGAGGGUGGAGAAAACCGCUAUGAACGCACUCUGCGUAUCACUGGUCUGUUCCGUAAGGCAGGUUAUGUCGUCAUUGAGAAAUGGGAAUGUGAAUGGAAAGAGGACCUCAAAAACCCAGAGGUAGAAGCCUAUUUUGAAGCCCACCCCACCACCCGCAUGCCUCCCCUUGAUUUGCGCAAGGCGCUCUGCGGCGGUCGCACCAGCGCGCUCCGUAUGUAUCACAAGGCAGACCUUGACAAGGGAGAGAAGAUAAUGAUGGCAGAUAUUAUAUCAAGUUACCCGAAUGUGAAUUUGAGGGCUUGCUACCCUCUUGGUCAACCAUCUAUUUAUCUGGAGGGUGACCCAAAUAUUCCUGCCAUUGACGCUUGGAAUGGAUGUAAAGGAAAACUGAUGUUCCCACUCUGUGCGACGUGUGCUGAGACAGAAAGCAGUGAAAUUUGUCAACAUAACCCUACUGAUAGGCAACUUACUGGAGAAUGGUGUGCACCAGAACUGCAGUUAGCCAUUCUGCACAAAGGUUACACUUUAAUUACUAUUCAUGAGUUGUGGCAGUACUCAUCCACUAUGCAAUAUGAUCCCAAAACGGGAAAAGACGGCUUGUUCUCAGGUUAUGUCAGGAAAUUUAUGGCACUGAAAAUUCAGGCCAGUGGAUGGCCAACAGAGUGCGACACUCAACAGAAAAAAGAGGAAUAUUUGUCUGAUGUUAAGAAGCAUGAUGGUAUUGAUAUUGACCCCACUAAAGUGGCCAAAAACCCUGCACUCAGAACUCUGUCAAAAUUAAUUUUAAACAGCUUUUGGGGAAAGUUUGGGGAAAAGACUCUUCGUUCGAAAACUGAACUUAUCUAUGAUUAUGCUGACCUCAUGAAACUAGUGACAGACCCUACUAAAGAAGUGACUGCCCUCCUUCCCUUAAGUGAAGACUGUCUUCAGGUAACUUAUAAACCUGUAGAAGACAGCGAGGUAACACUUCCUACUUCUUCCCUCUUGCAUGCAGCUUACACAACGUGUAUUGGUCGACUCAAUUUGUACAAGUACUUGGACAUCGUUGGACAGCGCGCCUACUACCACGAUACAGAUUCUGCGGCUUACCUGAGUCGUCCAGGCGAGCCUGACCUGCCCCUGGGCACACAUCUGGGUGAUCUCACUGACCAGAUUGCGGAGGACUAUGGUCCGGGUUCGUUUAUCACAGAAUUCGUGGCUGGCGGACCAAAAAAUUAUGCUUACAAGGUGGCAGUGGGAGGUGACGUUUCUAACCUCAAAGUGUGCAUUAAGGUGAGGGGAAUAAGCAUUAACCAAUCCUGUGAGGAUCUCGUCACUUUUGACAACGUAAAAGCAAUGGUGUUAGGUGAGGAAGAAAAGAAGACUAUCCCCAUUCACCGUCAGAUUACCAGACUACCUGGCUGGAAGAUUGUCACCAGAGCUACCAGCAAAAACUGGCAAGCUAAAAAUACUAAAAGGCGGCGCCUUGACUUUGCCCACACAGUUCCACACGGCUUCAACGCAUGGGCUGACGUGGAAGAUGAGGAUCAAGAAAUGAUGGAGGUUCUUGAUCUUCUUGGUGACAAUUAA